CGCGGGCAAACAGGCAGCGGGCGAAUCGUCAUCCGGACGAGAGCUGGUGGUGGCCCGAGCUCUCGGCGGCUCACGCGUGUCUCUCUGGCUACCUGGAGAGCUCCAGGGCAUCAAGUCGACCUCCUCCGCUUCAGCUCACCACGCCUUAGAUACCCGCCAUCAGACCCUCUCUUGCGCUCUGGAGAGCUCGUUUCGUUUGGACUUGUAUCGGUACUUGGUCAGAAUUCACGACUCAUCAUGAGCUCUCCCUUCGACAUCAAUGGCGGUGCCUGCGUUGCCAUGGUGGGCAAGGACUGCGUCGCCAUCGCCUGCGAUCUCCGUCUGGGCAUGCAGGCACUCACCGUAUCCAACAACUUCCCCAAGAUCUUCAACUACGCCCCUUCCACCUACCUCGGUCUGACAGGCCUCGCGACCGAUGUCACUACCGUUUCAGAGCUCUUCCGCUACAAGGUGAACCUAUACCGACUACGAGAGGAGCGGAAUAUCUCUCCACAGACGCUGGCCAACCUGGUCAGCUCUAGUCUAUACGAGCGACGGUUUGGUCCGUGGUUUGUCAGCCCUGUCAUUGCUGGAAUCAACCCCACAACGGGGAAGCCGUUCAUCUGCGGCUUCGACAGCAUCGGAUGUAUCGAUUUCGCGAAGGAUUUCAUUGUCAGUGGAACAGCCAGUGAUCAGCUGUUCGGUACCUGCGAGGGUCUGUGGGAGCCUGACCUGGAACCCGAGGAACUCUUCGAAACCAUAUCUCAAGCUCUCCUAAAUGCCGUCGACAGAGAUGCGCUUUCUGGCUGGGGCGCCCAUGUGUACAUCAUAGAGAAGGACAAGGUUACCAAGCGGUUAUUGAAGGGACGACAGGAUUAGACGCACGGGGACAGGAGUCACGGACGCUAUGUUACCUUUUUUACGCCUUGUGCCGGUUUCAAGAAAGAAAAAUCGAGUUCCAUUUAAUGAGCAUCUAGCCCUCUACAAGAGUCUCUGAGCCAACCAAGUAGGAUUCCUGUUAGGUUAUAGCGCGAAUAAGAAAUAGGCGUAUUCAUGGUUGAUUAGUUGAGUCGGUCUUGUCUCUGUGAAUGUGUGCAGCAUUAGGAACAUUGGCAAGAUCUUAAGAGAAUUCAACGUUGGUACAGACCCUCGAAAGCCAUUGAGGAGUUUAUGCCGUCAUGUUCCCUUAUUUUCAUCUAAUUUUUGCGCCUUGAAGAUAUACGGGAUCACGUUGGUGUGCCUUCAUUUCCACGUCGAACCUAGACGGCUGUUAUACAAUCCUGUCGGUCUCCAAGUAAUAUAUUUGACAGG